AUGGCCGAGACUUGUAUAGUCUGCCUCGGCGACCUCGUCCCCCAAGACGAAAGUCAGACUUCCGCCACCGAUGCCACACUAGUGCAAGAUAGCGCUAAUGGUGUCGAUAACCAUCGUCAUGUUAUCAAACUUGAAGGGAUCGUAUCAGUAUCCCCCGAACACGCCCAAAAAGAAGAGGACUUGGUCGCACACUUGUUGCCUUGUGGUCAUCACCUACACAACGAAUGCCUAAAACCAUGGGUAGAGCGCGCAAAUAGCUGCCCUAUAUGCCGAGCCAGCUUCAACAUGGUCGAGCUCAGUGCCAGGAUCGGAGAUACCAUCCUGUCUUCAUACGCCGUACAAGACAAGCGUCAGGUCGCCGACAUCGACCCAACCAUGCUCGUGGAAGACGACUACUUCUUCGAGGAGGAAGCGAUCCCCGAUCUUGUUUGCCUGGUGUGCGAUGAUGUUGGAGACUCAUCCCAACUCAUGGAAUGCCACAGCUGCGCGAACUACUGCCAUGUAUUCUGCGCCGGCCUCGAUGACAUGCCUACGAGGGGGCCGUGGUAUUGCCAGUACUGCAUGGAGAACCCCUCUCUGCUACGAGCAGCUGGCCACCGUCCUGCAAUGCGCGGCCCAGCGGCAUACCUCAACUCCGGUGGCCGUACCAGUCGGUCCAGCCGCACCAGCCGCCGCGCUCGUGCCCCCGAUGAGUGGGUCGAUGUAUGGCAGAGCGUGUGGGACCGCCUGCACUUCGACAUCGAGUUCCCGUUUGAAGACGAUGACCAGUCCGAGUCGCGUUCAGUGGAUAUCCAGCGCCGGGAAAAUGAGGAAUGGGAGCGACGAUUUGAGCUGGCACGUCAGAUGGGCGCUGGCAGUCGCCUUCGGGCCGCUGCGGACACCAUCACAACCCAUCGCCAACGCCCCGCAAAUCGCACGCUCCAUCGCGAGGUACCCCAGACGCCCAAGUCGCCGAAGGACCCCGAAUCACAAGAGGAGCUGCGAGCAUGGAACGCCUUUGACAAGGCCCGCGAACAAGUCGCUGAAGACGGCGCUCAACACGUUCGCCCUGCCAGUGUCAGUAGCAGUACCCGGCAGCGAAAGCGCAAGUCUGUGACUGAGUCGCCUGUCGAACCGGAAGCGCGGGAGCCCCAGCCCGAACGCAAGCUGAAGCGACCCCGAACCCGAUUGAAUCUGAACAUCAACACAGCCGAAUCAUCCGCUACCGCUGCUGCGCGUCGCCCCACCGCCAUAUCACAUACUUCGCCACCUGCCGUCACCACCAAUGGCGACGAAUCCAUCGUCCCGGGAUUUCUGCAGUCGCUCCUUCAGGAGGUUGAGGUUGAUAGAUUUGCGGAAGACCGCGAGAUCGCAGCGCCCCAACCUAAACGCAUCAUUGUCGAGCGCGCUUGCUCGCCUCAGAACUCAUCGCCUGGCCUUUCGCCCGUAUACCCAACCAAUCGCGCCGGCAUGUCAACACCGCCUCCACUGAGCAUCAGCCGGACGGAUUCGCCGACGCAGAAAGACCAGCAGCUUUCGCCGACAUACUCUCCAUACUCCCCGGCAGACGAGGAUGCACGCCAUGGUCGCAAAAAGAUUGCGCACCGCCAACAUUCUCCGGGCUUGACUAGUCCACCACGGUCCAAGGAUUCAUCCCCAACCCGCUCGACUACACUGUCAUAUUCCACCAAGCGCGAACUUCAGCUCAUGGUCACGGCUGUCCUCAAACCCAUGUAUGUAAAGAAAGAGGUCAGCAAAGACGAGUACACAGACAUCAACCGAGACGUUUCACGUCUCUUGUACGAUAAAGUUGCCGAAGCUGGCACCGACGCCUUGGCCAGCCAAGGUAUCCGCGACAAAUGGCAGAAAAUAGCAAGCAACGAAGUCGACAUCGCCGUCAAAGCACUUGUCGGCGCUCGGUCAGCCGCGUCGCCCCCGGCCGAAGAUUCUGCUUCUACGUCUUCAUAG